CGCAUCUGAGGCGAAGUCAAAGGGUUCCGCAUAACCAACCGUAGGUGUCAUGUACAUACUUACCUUAGGAAGUGAACAGAUGCGAAACUACUUAUUUCCCAAGAAUAGGUAGGAAUCUUCAGAACGAGACCUCCGACAUGGUCCGGCGAGUAAGGCAAGGGAGCUUCAGUGGGGCGGCAAAACCCCACCUUGCGACUAGGCAUAAAAGCUGUUCACGCAGUUACCGCCCGUCACAAAUUUUUGUUUUUGCGCUUGGUCUUGCUCCUCAUUAAUCCAUCCAUCAGCCGAAACGUGUAGAGACAAGAGAGCUGGAACAUGAUUCCCGGCCAUCGCGGCUCUUGUAGUUGGAAUGAGCUCCCACGAUUUGACACACACUCUAAUCGAGUCUUUUAACGCUCUCGCCGAUGAAGUUCAGGAUUUAAUCGACAGAAAAACUAUUUUAGAGCACAAGCUGCGCUACGCUCGGGAACAGUACCAAUAUCUUGCCGACAAAUAUGCCCCAGCCGAGAAGGCCGUCUCGGAGACUUUGGCCAAACUGCAGCUCCCUCCAGAAACAAGCCAUCCGGCAUUAGCAAAUACAACCCUUGUACCGCUACCGAGACGUGGCGACAGGUCCAAUAACGCUCAGAUAGCUCUCUUCAUCCGGGAAGGAAGAAAGGUGGCGAGCAAACUCUCGAUUAUGACAGACCCUAGCAAGGGCAGUUUUUCAAGUAGCAAAGACGCCGUAUCCACCGGCGUGACCACAAUCUCGGCGGCCAUGUUGGAGCAGGAUUUCACCGUGGAAGGGAAAAAGGGUCAGCUGCAAUGUCCCUUCUCGGCUGCACCAUCUACUGUUGCCAAAGACAAUAAAACUCAGGGUGAUGAGGCUACCGGCCUGGACCGACCAGAUUCUAGUGGAAACGUCCAGGACCCGACCCCACACGCAUCUGCCGAUCCCAUCUGCGCCGCCAUGUUAGAAGAAACGACUUCACAACAGCCGCCUCCCAGUGCUGGUGCAAACAAGUGUCCGAUCCGUUUUCUGGAUCAGCACUCGACAGAGGAGAUCGCCCAUUACGUAGAGACCCAUAAGCACGAGAUGCCGCGAAGCCAUGAGGUCUGCAUCCAGAGGUACCAGCGAAACGAGGAGCAGAUAAGAAAGCUCGACGCAAAGUACGGCAGCCUCGUGGGCAUGAUUGGUGAUCUCAGUCAAAUACACAAACCAAUGCUGCCAAAUGGGGAAAUGCAAGAGGAUAUCGAUCGUGCCUCGAAUGAAAGAGUAGAGAAUUGGGCCGCCGAAGUCAGCGCCAACGAUCCAGAUGCCCCUCCCGAACAGUUCGUUGUCUCUUUGGUAAAAGAAGGGACCGCGGACAGGGCCAAUGCCGACGACGAUGAUCGUGAGAGCCACUUUGACCGGGUUUUGAAGGAAGUCCGCGUGGGCGAAUCACCCUCACGCCCGUGGGGCAUCUCGGUCCCAAUCAUGGACGAUACCACCUUGCAGAACCUCGAGAGCGAGAGGCCCGUCAGCCCGCCGCCCGCGCCUGUCCAUAUGCCUCCAGGGGCGCCGGGAACACCACCGCAUCCCAUGGCGGCUAGGGCUGGUGCGGGUAAAUGUCCAUUUGACCACACCAAACUCAAAGGUAUGGGCCGGGGCGACAUGUCUGUUAUGAUGUCGUCCCCAUGUCCUCCCAGGACCGAUCGAUCAAAUUUACGGGAGAGUCGCCGGCGAUUGUCGGACAGUGCUACUGGAGCAGGUUUUGACUCCCGUAACCAUCCUCAUUCGUCUUCUUCCACGAUACCGCAAAAGCAGCAGCAGCACCCCAAGACCACCCAAGCAUCACGCCAGCAACCCACUUUCAUCAACCAAUCGGCACAUUUGCCCAAGGAGAUACAUCAGACCCCCCAGAUGGUUUUCACUGGGCCGGUCUUCAUCGGAUAUCCCAUCGAGCAGGCCAUCCAGUUUAUGCAACAUUUCCAGAACGGCGGCCAACAAUAACAUCGUCUUUUCAUCUUCCAUAUUUUCCUUGCCAGCAAUGCUGGUUGUUUUCUAUUUGUAAUGAGUUUUUGGGUCGGAGCGUUGGCGUUAACAGGUGUUUUUUUUUUCCUUUUUUUUUGGCUUCUUUUUCUAUGGGAGGUUAUCAGGACUCGGUAUUCCCCAACAGUAAACAGGCUCAGAAUGAAUAAUUAGGAAUGUGGGAAGCCCACACAAUCGCGAGUGGUCCUAGUAGUUUUUUUCAUGUCUAUCUGCAUAAUUGCCUCUCCCCUUCACAACCUACAAAGGCACUUUGGGUGCCAGGCUUUGCCACAAAGCACACCUUUCCCUGAGGUACUCCAGCUCUAGCUCCCCGAACCCUUGAGAGUCAAUGUGGAACUCCUUCCCAGACGUGAGCGGCGGAACGCCAGGGAUGCUCGAAUUUGUGAGCUUUCUGGCGUUUGGAUCCCUGUUCUGUAGGAAGGACGCCAGGGCACCC